GGCGCUCCCGCUCGUGGAGCUGCGCGGCGGCGUGCCGGUCGGCCUGUGGAUGGGGCUCACCGUGCCCCAGGUAAUGUUGACCUGCGUGGUGGGCAACAUGAUCCCGAUCCCGGUGAUCCUGUUGGCUCUCAAGUCCUCCUUCGUGAAGAAAUGGCUCGGUCCUCUCAUCCGGCGGGCCGAGUCGAAGACCGCCGCCAUUGGUGCUCAUGACCGCUGGGUCGGCGUGGCGUCCUUUGUCGGGGUGCCGCUGCCAGGAACUGGUGCCUGGACGGGCGCGAUGGUCACCCACCUGCUUGGCAUGGGCAUUGUCGAGUCGUUGACCUCAAUAUUGACGGGGGUCUGCGUCGCGGCGGUCAUCAUGGCCUCUUUGACUCUGGCGGGCUGGUAUGGCGCCGCGGUGGCAGUGGCUCUCGUGAUUGUGGCGCUCGGAGGCAGGUAUUUGCCUCUAUCGCGGCAGUGAGCGGGAGCGCCUUCGCACCGCCGCGAUCGCGGUUGACUGCGGGCUGGGCGGCCGAGCUGGAUCUGUCAAAGGUCGCGGGGCCAUCUGCUGACCGCUGUACAUAUGGAUGCACACUGGAAGCAGGAGCGUGGGGCAUUAUGAUCGUGAUGAGGAUGAUGUGGAGGAGCUGGAGCUUCUGCAGCCGAACGGUGAGGAUUUCCACACGGAUGGGAAUCGUGUUAGGGCUUGCAGUCAUAUCUAUGAAGGACUGGCGACAAUAGCGGCUGCUGCUGGUAUGCAAGAGCAGCGGCAUAUGACACCCCGCGUGUCAGUAUCUGGCAGUUCUGGUCA